UAACAGAUGUGACGAGCCGAGGAUUCAAAAAGUUAACCGCGAAUCCAACACUGCUUUGUUAUGAAGUUUUAUGCGAUAUUUUACUUGAUACUUUAUAUUUGAAGUCAUACUUUGGUUGUUACAUUGUUAACAUUUAAUGUACACUAUUCGUAACGAAGUUGUGUCCGUGGCCUGAAGAAAAUGUCUACAAAGAAACUGGCGAAACAACUAGGGUUCGUGAGGAAACGCAGCCAGUCAUCAACUGGACAGAAGAAACUACUAACAUCAAAUCAAAUAUUCCCAUAUCUGAUUGUCAUUGACUUCGAAUCCACAUGUUGGAGAGCGAGGAACAGCUAUGGGCAGGAGAUUAUUGAGUUUCCUGCUGUUCUCCUGAACACCUCUACAGGUGAGGUGGAGUCAGAGUUCCAUACGUACGUUCAGCCGCAGGAGCACCCUAUACUGUCUGACUUCUGCACCGAGCUCACUGGAAUCACACAGCAACAGGUGGAGGCCGGGGUUCCCCUCCACAUCUGUCUGUCCCGGUUCUCCCGGUGGCUGUCGACUCUGGAGCACCAGAGGGGUGUGGUCUUCCCCAGGGACCAGAGGGCUCCAGCCGUGGAGCAGCGCCCCUGUGCCUUCGUCACCUGGUCAGACUGGGACCUGGGGGUGUGUCUGCUGUAUGAGUGUAAACGGAAGCAGCUCCACAAACCUGAUGUUCUGAACAGCUGGAUAGACCUGAGAGCUACGUACAGGCUGUUCUACAACAGAAAACCCAAGGGACUGAAUGGAGCUUUACAGGAUCUGGGGAUUCAGUUCUCUGGACGGGAGCACUCAGGUCUGGACGACGCCCGCAACACGGCCCACCUGGCCUGGAGAAUGAUGAGGGAUGGCUGUGUGAUGAAGAUUACGCGCCGUCUGGAGCGGGCGCCUUUGAAAACCAAACCCCUGUUUGGAAAUGGGAACGCGCCAGGGAAUGGUUGUCCUGGCAACAAGAGGGAUAACAACACCACUAUCAAAAAACCCUCCAAGACGACAGAGAUCGGCGGCCAUCUGGAAAAUCAUCCCAACAGCAAGCCAGUUAGCAACACAGACGUUGUUGAAACACGACCCAAGCCUUCAGACAACAUGGUUCCCAACACAGAGGUGAAUUCCAACUUAACCGCUGAACCUGUUCAGUAUCAGAGUAUUGUUUCACCAAAGACCCUUCUAAAUGGCCUGACCACUCCAAUGUGUGGUAGUAGCAGCAGAACAGUUCGAAUAGGAACGAUACGGUCCGUCUCCUCUCCUAUGACUUUCAAUAUCCCCUCUCCUCACCACAACAUCAACAGCCUCGUUCUGGUCUCCACCACUGUGAAUUGCAAUACAUAUCUACCCCAGCCAGACCCGACCCUUGACCCGGAAACAGGAAGCAUGGAGGAGGAAGUGCCCAUCUUGGUGGAAACGGAGUCGUGCGGUUCGUAUGACGACGUGGCGUUGGAGGAGGACUGGGAUGUCAUGGUUGGUGAUGAGGCUUCUGUUGCUGACGUGUACACAGAGAACGAGAGGUUUGAGGUGGACGAUACCUCGGUCUAUGGGAGGACCUUGCUGUGUCCGAGCCCAGUACAUUCAAAUCCUGGUAGAGGUCCAACCAACAGUGGGCCUAGUUCCAAGACCACCAACACACCCUGCCAACAUCUGACCAGCCUGGUACACAACACCGAUACCACAACAUCCUCCAGUAGCUCGGUGUCUUUGAAAGCUAAGACAACGAGGACCCACAACACCUCUGCACCCAAUAGUUUGUCCAGUUUUUCUUUUGCCAAACCCAGACCGGUUACCCAUGGCUCAAACCUCUCAGAUACGCGGUCAAGACUGAACACGGAAACGUCAAAAAAGUCCUUUGUGAUCUACAAGGACGAAUUAAGAACAUCCUCCAGUUCUGCAAAAACUGAGACGACAAGGAUCUACAACUCCUCUGGGUCCAAUAGUUCAUGCAGUUCCUCCUUUAACAAACCCAGACCUGUUACCCAUGAUUCCAACCGCUCAGAUACACGGUCAAGACUGCAAAAGGCAACAUCAAACAACUCCUUUGUGAUCUACAAGGACAAGCCAAGAGCCUCAAAUACCUCUUCUACAUCCAGCAUUUAUAUCACAUCCAAUACCUCAACAGCAUCCCAUCCUUCCUUUGCCAAACCCAGAACAGUCAUCCAGAACUCCAACCUCCAUGCUACACGGUCAAGACCGCUCACAACAAAAAACCCUGCUGACACCUUCACAUCCAGGUCCUCUACUACAACCCUUCCCAAUCCUUCCUUCACUAGACCCAAACCAGUUACCACCAGCAGUGACUCUAACCCCUCUGCUUCACACACGCAGACACCAAACGGCUCUGCAUCCAAUCCUUCCUUUGCCAGGCCCAGACCUGUCGUCCAUAACCCUAACCCAUCGACCUCACGUUCAAGGCUGCACACAGAGACGCCAAACGCAUCUUUCACGAUCCACAAGGCCUCCUCUUGCCUCUCCUCCUCCGUCUCUCGUCCUUCUGUCGGUGGAUCGUUCUCCAUCCUCUCCUCGUCCGUUAACCGGUCCUCGUUCCCGCUGACCCGCAGCACCAAGAUCACGGCCCCGCUGUGCGACUGCGGGCGGCGAGCCAAGCGUCUAACGGUGUGUAACGGCGGUCCGAACCACGGCCGAGCGUUCUACUGCUGUGCGGUGCGUAAACCCGGCCCCGGGGGGACCAGGAAGGGAUGUGAGUUAUUUAAGUGGGAGUCUGCUCUCCUCCAGGCUAAGUCACCAGCCUCCGCUGCCGCCUCCAUCGCUCUGUGUUUUGGUCUCAACUCCAGUGUUGUUCGUCCCCUGUCAUCAUCUAGGACGAGCUAUUAGUUAGCUGGAGAAUCUCAAUUGCGUUUCCUUCAUUCCUCAGUUCCCAUUGGACUUCAUUCCUCAGGACCCAUUGGACUUCAUUCCUCAGGAUCCAUUGGACUUCUCAUCCAAUGGGUUUUGAGGUGGCGAGGAGAGCGGACACGAGGAAUCUAGGAAAUACAAUUGAGAUUCUCCUCUAGAUUCUCCUAACAAAGGUGUCAUAUUGAAACUGUACUUUAUGAAUAUGUAUGAUGCGUGUUAUUUGAGUAUGUGAUUUAUUAUGUCCACAUACUAAAUCUGGUGCAUUCAUUGGAGCAAUCUCCUAGACGGUUUCUAAAUAGAAUUGAUCCUCAUAAUGUGAGAUGUCAUGAUGAAAUGUAAAAUACUUUUUAGGUCAGCAGUUACAAUUUAAAGAUGUGAUGAAUUUUAUUACAUGGGUUCUAUUGUUGUAAAUAGUAACAGUUGGAGUCGGACCAAAAAUUGAAAUUAUAAAUGUUUUAUGUUCUAACAUAAGGACAGAAUUGCACAUAUUGCAAAUUGUCCCUCUUGGCACCCUGUACUAGAGCCGCCAACAUUUGCAUGCGCAACAAUAGUGGAAUUGGCGGUUCUCCUUCAAAAUGAACCGUGAAUAAUGAGUGAGAAAGUUAGUGGGUCAAAGAUCAUACCCCCAAGACGUGCUAACCUCCUGUUUUUGGUAAUGGUGAGGUAAGCAUGUUUUGGGGGUAUGAUCUUUGACCCUCUAACUUUGUCACUCAUCAUUAUUCAUAAUUUAUUCAGGAUU